AUGGGAGCGGGGUGUAGUAGUGUUGAAUAUAGAAAAUAUAGUUCUUUAUUAGUCAAAAAGCACCAAAGAACUUCAGUUGGUGACAAAAUCAAUGAAGCAGCAGCUGCAAAAAUUGAGGACAAACCUAAAACACAAGAUGAUUUUAAGAUGAUCAUGAAUGCCUUGGCAAAUCAUUUCAUACUAAAAAGCCUCGAUGAAGACUCGAGACUUGAAAUUGCUCGUGAAAUGAAACACUAUACAAUUGGCCCUAGAGAGUGCAUAUUUGAAGAAGGCAAGCCUGGCUCAUCCUUUUACAUCUUGGCAAGCGGGAGACUUGAAGUAGUUAUCAACGGGGUGAAGAAAAACGUGAUUUUCCCAGGAUUUGGGUUUGGGGAGCUAGCUUUAUUAGAUGAUAGACCUAGAACUGCUUCAAUAAUUACUCUCUAAUAUUCAGUUUUUAACAUGUCUUCCUCUUCUAUAGAGUGCAAUAUCAGAAUCACUCUUUUAGCUUUGAAUCACUCUAGUAGAGCACUAUAGUGGCUUAGGGUAAACAGAAACGGGGCUUUUUUUGGCUUGCCAGCAACCAAAAACGCCCCGUUCCGUUUACCUUAACUCACUAUAUAAAACAAUGGUACCUGCUCAUCCGAAGGCUUUCAAUCCUGCCUUAUUCCGCCUAAGAGAGUCUCUCCUCCUCAAAGUAUUAAGAAGUAAAACCUUAUCCAGCCCUAAAACCUGAGUGCCAAAUCUUAAUCUGUAUUAUUAUCUCAAUAAUUACAAUAGAAAGAUGCACUCUUUGAGGAGUUGAUCGUGAGACCUUUAAAGAAGCAGUUCGAAGAGUAAAUAUCCAAGGCCACGAAGAAAAUAAAGCAUUUAUAGACAACAUCUCACUUUUUAAAUCCCUCACUCAAUCCCAAAAAAGCCGCAUUUUAGCUUCACUUAAUACCCAAAGGUGAGGAAACGGGCAGAAAAUCAUAAAAGAAGGAGAUGUUGGCACUUUAUUUUAUAUCAUAAAAGACGGGAUAGUUGUAUGUUCAAAAAAUGAUAUGGACGUAAGGCAUUUAGGAAGAGGAGAAUAUUUUGGUGAGCUGUCAGAACUUUAUGACCAGUCUCGAUCCGCAACUGUAACAGCAAUUGGCGAUGUAAAAGUUGUUUCCAUAAGCUGCCAAAAUUUAUUCGAAAUUCUAGAAGAUAGCUUGCAGCAAAUUAUUUAUAAAAAUUCACAAAGAAUUGCAAUUGAAAAUAGUUAUGCUUUAUCAGCGUUAAAAACAGGCCAAAUUGAUAAAUUGCUUGAUUAUAUGGAAACUACCAAAUAUUAUCCUGGAGAAGUUAUUAUACCUAAAGGAACAAUGAAAGGACUAAAGCUUUGAAUAGUGUUGAAAGGAUUAGCAGCAACUGCCUCAGGCUGGAAAUAUGGAAAUUUAACGUGUAUUGGAGAUAAAGAGUUACUGAUGACUCCUGGAUCGGAAUUCAGUGAUGAUAUUGUAGCUGAAAUAGAGACCGAUAUCUCGGAAAUAUCAAAAGAAACAAUAGAAAACUGUAUAGGUGGAAAUCUUAGAGAAAUUACUACAACAAAUGAUCUACAAGAAAUUUUGCAAAAUGUUUAUUUGUUUGCAGGGUUAGAUUUUUCAAAGCAUAAAGAAUUGAAAAAUUCUUUGAAUACAGUGUUCUUCAAUGAUAAAGAUUUAAUUGCUGUAGAAGGUCAUCCUGGUGAAUAUUUAUACAUAAUAAAAUCUGGGAAAGCGAUUUGCAGAAAGGAAAAUAAAAUUGUAAGAACUAUUACUAGCUCCCUCCCCCCUCUGAGAACGAACAAAACCAUUAAAAAAAUGCCUAUUUUUUGUGUAAAAACCCAUCUGUGAACGAAUUUUUUUUUUGAUAUAUAAGUGAUAAUAAUUAUUAUUAUUAUAAUAGCUAACCUCUAUAUAAUUUUGUGUAAUUUUAAACAGCCUGGAUUUAAAAUAAAUUUUACAAAAUUGGAAUUUUUUUUAAAUGUGAAAAAAAAUUUUAACAUAUAAAAAAUAAUUAAACCCCUCCAUUAAGCGAACAAAAUUUUUUUGAUUACUAAAGGAGGGAGAGGAGUAAGCAUGAUUAUUUCGGAGAGAGAGCUCUAAUAUUUGACAGUCCAAGAAGUGCUUCCAUAGAAGCUGAUGGACCAUUGAUAUGCUGGACUAUCAUAAAAAGCGACUUUUUGAGCUUAAUUAAUGACGAAAUCAGAUCAAGAAUAUAUCACAGAAUCGAGAUGCAAGAUAUUUCAAUUUCUCUAUCAGACUUAACAUAUAUAAAACCGCUAGGCAAAUCCAUGUUCGGAAAUGUCUUUCUCAUGGCUCAUCAAAACAAAUCUAGACUAUACACUGUAAAAGCAAUACUCAAAGAAAAAAUUGAAAAUUUAGGAAUUCAAGUAAAUUUGAAAGCAGAGAGAGAAAUCGGACUACAAGUUAAUCACUGAAUGAUGAUGAAUAUUUUAAAAACCUUCAAAGACGAUAAAAGAGUAUAUAUUAUGACAGAAUUUAUAAAAGGAAAAGAUCUUUUUAUGGUUUUAAGAGAAAUUCAGAUUGUUAACGAACUUCAUGCAAGAUAUUUGUCAGCCUCAAUUGUGUUGAUGCUGGAAUAUCUUCAUGAGAGAGAAAUUGUAUAUAGAGAUUUGAAGCCAGAAAAUAUCAUUAUUGAUGAAGAAGGCUAUCCUAUUUUGAUUGAUUUUGGGACUGCUAAGAUCGUUAAAGGCCGCACUUAUACAAGAUUAGGGUCUCCUCAUUACAUGGCUCCUGAGAUUAUUUUAGGAGCAGGAUAUAGCUUCAAUGCCGAUUGGUGAAGUUUAGGAAUUAUUUUAUAUGAACUUUUAUACGGAAAAGUUCCUUUUGGAGAAGAUGAAACUGAUACGCAUGCUAUAUGUGAAAAAAUCAUUGAACAUAGAAUUUCAUACUCGCACUCAGCACUGAAAACUCAUUCAGCAAAGCCUAUAAUUCAGCAGUUGCUUAAUAAUAACCCUGCAGCAAGAACUGGUGGAGGAAUUAAAGCACUUAAGUCCCACAGGUGAUUCGAAAAUUUAAAUUGGGAUCGAUUAAGAAUAAAAGCUUUAAAAAUGCCUUAUAUUCCAAAAUUUAGAGAUUGAGAUAAUGAGAUUGAAGAAGCAUUGAUGGACCCAAAAAUUAUGUAUGAAUGCUUCGAAUUAGAAGAAUCAAAUGAUCCUUAUAAAUUAAAACUCUAUGAUAGGGAGCCUAGUCUUCAUAUUGGAUGGGAUAAUGAUUUUUAA